AUGGUCAAAUGGAAAAGAGAAAAAGUUCAGGAUCAUAAAUUUGAUUUUGUCGAUGUACAAGAGUUUGAAAAAGAUGAUUUUAUUAGUAAAAUAAAGUAUUCAUUUGUAUUUUUCAUAGUAUUAAAAUCAGUUCUAGUCUAUAUUGCUGACAUAUAUAACGCAGGUGCUUUACUAGUAACUGACAAAUGGGCAGGAGGAGUUAAACCCAAAAUUCCAUUUAUUAUAUCAAAAUGGAUUGUUGUAGGUUCCAUAUUUAUUUCAUUCGUAUUAUUAUUACUUGAAGUUAGGAAAGCGCGAUUAAUUGUAGCUUCAAGAGAUAUUUCUUUUGCCUUUACAAGUAUAGUGGCUUAUCGUUAUUAUACGUUAACAAGUUAUGCUCAUUGGUGUUUCUUUCAAGAAAUAAGAAAUCAACAAAAAGGACAAGAUAAAAUCGCUUUCUUUGUAUUUUUUUCUUUUAAAGGAUGGAAACGUUUAUUAUUUUGUGAUGGACCACGUCAAGUAAUUAAUGCUAUGACUUUGUUCACAAUUUUCAAGGAAAAAGGUUUUACCUCAAACUUUGCUGCUUAUGGUCCAAUAUUCACGCGAGCUUCAAUGGGUGUCAUUAUUUUUACCGUUUCAAUGUUCAUUAUAUCUGCAUGCUUGUUGUUAUUUGCGUUUCUUUUAUACCUUCCUCUUUUAUGCAAGAUUCGAGGGAAUUUAAAAGAAUACUGUUGUCAUUUAAUUGAUAAGAGAAUCAGCGAACUUCUUAAAAGACAAAAAUAUAAAAGAAUUCAAAAGGGGUCAAAGGCCGUGAAUACUCAUUUCGAUGGAUUGGCUCCCACGAUACCAAAUGUUGAUGUUGAUGAUCCAGCUCAAAAUAAAGUACCAUAUAUCACAACUCCACCGCCAAUACACCCAUAUCAUGACCCUCCGCCAAUGGUGUUCAACAACUUUGCCGCAAAGCCACCAGCGGACCCAUAUAUAUUGGGAAGACCUAAUGCUCCCCGAAAUCAAGUGCCACAUUAUAAUGUCCCACCUCCUCAAGGGAUUUACACGAAUCAUAAUAAUGGUAGUACAGCAUCUUUGGAAAAUGGUGGCUUUAAUGCUCCGUAUAGAAAUAGGCGCGGUAGUAAUGCAUCACUGGGUAUAGUUCCAAUAUACGAUCAGCCUGUUGGAAUGGAAUAUCCCCCAAGACCUGACAAAAACGCUUAUGAUUCUUAUCCAGUGUCUCCGCAAUCUCAACAAUUCCCUCAAAAUAAUUUCGUUCCAACCGAGAAUGCACGAAAACAAAGUAACAAUGCAGUUCCUCCAGCACAACGAAAUCCAUAUCCACCUCGUUCACCUCAUAAAAUGCAUUUUGCUCCAACUGAGACUGCACGACAACAAAAUAACAAUGCGGUUCCUCCAGCACAACGAAAUCCAUAUCCACCUCGUUCACCUCAUAAAACGCAUUUUUCUCCAAACGAGACUGCACGACAACAAACUACAAAUGCGAUUCCUCCAUCACAACGAAACCCACAUCCAUCUCGUACAACUCAUUCGCAACAAAAAGCACAUUCUAAUGCAAGGUAUCAGCAGAAUCCACAUUAUUAA